AUCAACAUGGAAAAGUUACUUUUGCUCUAUUGUUCUCUCCUUUUUUGUUUUGCAACUAUCACCUUCACAUGCUCAGCUACUACUUACACUGUUGGAGAUAGCUCUGGUUGGGACAUUAGCACAAACCUUAAUACAUGGAUUACUGAUAAGAAGUUCAAAGUAGGAGAUGCUCUUGUUUUUCAGUAUUCAUCAGGCCAAAGCGUAGAAGAGGUUACAAAAGAAAACUUUGAGACAUGUAACACCAGCAAUGUUUUGGCAACAUAUGGGAAUGGUAACACAACAGUGCCAUUGAGAAAAGGUGGGGACAGAUAUUUUGUAAGUGGAAACAAGUUGUAUUGUCUUGGAGGAAUGAAACUUCAUGUUCAUGUUGAAGGUGAUGAUGACAAAUCAUUUGCUCCAACUAUAGCACCUAAGGCUGUGGCUGGAUCUGAUGAAAACACUGCCACACUUCCAAACUCUCCUUCAUCAAAGAAAAGCACACAUCUUUCAGCUGGAACUCUCAAUCAUUGUGCAAGGAAUGCACUUCAGUUUGUCUAUAUUGCUGUUAUGGUUGCUGCAUAUUUUAGCAUAUAAGGACUGUGACUAAAAUUUCUCUUUUGAAUGUUAUUUUGUAAUAUUGAUUGAUGAAGAAAAAGGUCAAAGUUUUGCUUAGUUUGGAGCAUACUUUGUACAUGACUGUUUGAGCACAUUAAAGGAUAUUCAAAUUCAUGUUGUUUUAACAACACUACCA